UUCAGACAGCAAGUUCCGUCUGCUUUCGCUUGUCUCCCUGGCUUUCUUGCAACUCUCGUUCUACCGAUUCUGCCCCUCUUGCCACCUUCCCCACGCGGACUCGAAGUCGGCGACUUGAAUCAGCGGAAUACAAGUCAAAGAUUAUGAGAAGAAAACAAAGAGAGGGGAAAAUGAGACACCCAUGAAUCGAAUUGUUUAUGAGAUUUGAUAAAGACGAUCCCGGGUGAUGAUAGUUCAAUAACCAUGAACAGCAUGAGAAGAAAAAGCCCUUUCUCUGCUUUCACACUUGCCCAUCUUCUUCUUCUUCUUCUUCUUCUUCUUCUUCCUCGUUGAAGCUCGGUUUUUGAUUUGAGGAGGAGGGAAGAUAAAUCAUCCGAUGGGAAUUUGCUGGGGAGUUCCUGACUAUCCAACUCCUAGCUUCACCGGUCAUCUUAGGCCUGGAGGACCUGUUCUGACUAUAAGCAGUUCAUCAUCUUCUGAGGAUGGCCUGAGCAUGAGCUUGGGAGGGAGGUGGAAUGAGUCUAUUCCAAAUGGUUAUGUUGCUCCCAAUUUAGAUAUAAGGGCCUUUAGUUUUGCAGAGCUGAAAGCUGCAGCAAGAAACUUCAGACCUGAUGCAUUAGUCGGUGAGGGUGGUUUUGGUAAAGUUUUCAAAGGCUUCCUUGAUGAGAAGAUAAUGAAUCCUAUUGCCAUCAAAAGGUUGAACCCAGAGGGAGUGCAGGGAUUCGAAGAAUGGGAGUCGGAGGUGAAGUUCCUAGGCAGCUUAUCUCAUCCAAACAUUGUCAGGCUCCUGGGAUAUUGUUUGGAGGAUAAAGAGCUACUUCUUGUCUAUGAGUUCAUGCCCAAGGGUACCCUAAAGAACCACCUCUUUGGAAGGGGCUCAGCCAUUAAACCACUUUCAUGGGCCAUGCGGCUUAAAAUUGCAAUAGGAGCAGCCAGAGGCCUUGCGUUCAUGCACCAGUUAGAGAGUCAAAUAAUCUGCAGAGAUUUCAAGCCCUCAAACAUAUUGCUGGACUCAUCCUAUAAUGCCAAAAUAUCAGAUUUUGGGUUGGCAAGAAAGGGUCCAGAUGAAGACAGAUCACAUGUGUCAACAGAGGUUAUUGGAACUUAUGGCUACGCAGCACCUGAGUACAUAACCACAGGUCAUUUGUCCGUAAAGAGCGAUGUCUAUAGCUUUGGGGUUGUACUGGUUGAGCUUUUGACAGGAAUGCGAGCAUAUGAUGCAAAUCGUCCGACUGAUCAGCAGAUUUUGGUGGAGUGGGUCAAGCCUCAUCUUUCUAAAAGAAAAUUGACAAGAAUCAUGGACCCUCGGUUGGACGGGCAUUAUCCUCUGAAGGGUGCUCUUGGUGUAGCCACACUUGCAUUCCAAUGUCUUGAUAUGUCGCCCAAGCACCGGCCAUCGAUGAAUGAAGUCAUGAAAACACUGGAAGUAACUAGUGGUAGCUGAUGGAGAACACCGGUGCCUAGACAAUUGAUCCCAACUCAGCAAGUUUCUCAGGCAUGGUCACAUUCUUUAUUCAUCACAUCCUCUAACUGUUGAUUUAUCGUCUCUACUCUGUAAAUGCCAUUUGUCCAGGCAACUACUUUUCCUUUCCAUUUCAGGAUUUAGAUUUUGUAAUACAGUGUGUAGGUUAUCGAUGUCACUGUCGUAAUGACUCGCAAGCCUGCCCAGUUAUGUUUAGUCAUGCUAGGAGUCGGCUCUGAUAUUAUUUGUAUCAGUUUUUGGGGGUGGGCGAGGUCUGGCAGGAAUUGUAGCGAGUCCAAGAUCCUCAGGUUGAGUGUUUUGGAUGUUUCCGGACCAUCUGGACGAGGCCUUGGGUUGAUUCCUGAGGAUAACGUAAUCCUUUUCUCAAUAUGUACCGGCCACGGCAUUUCCUUGACACGCACCAUCAAUAAUUGCUUUAUGCAAGUGUGAUACUAUGAACUGGAUACAUAGACUUGUAACUGGCAUAUUUCAGUGGAGCAAAUAAAAGUUAGUUUUGCCGCAGAA